CAUGUGCGCGUGGAAACACUUCCCGUGACGCACAGAAACGCGGUAAAACGAUAUUCCGGUUUGUUUAAGAGAAGGACAGCAGCAGCAUGGCAGCCUCAGAAAGCACAAUGGAGAACCUAAAUGGACGGAAGACGGCAUCGGUGAACGGGGAGCCGGUGGUGAAGCGACCCCGGGAAAGCGUGUCGCAGUCGGCUCUGCGCGCUCCGAAAGAGCCGCUCAACAAAGUGACCGUGGUGCUCGGGGCCCAGUGGGGCGACGAGGGCAAGGGGAAAGUAGUGGACCUGCUCGCUAUGGACGCGGACAUUGUGUGCAGGUGUCAGGGAGGAAACAACGCAGGUCAUACAGUUGUAGUGGACUCUGUGGAGUAUGAUUUCCACCUGUUGCCCAGCGGAGUGCUCAAUAAGAAGGCUGUCUCUUUCAUUGGCAAUGGAGUGGUGAUUCACCUGCCAGGUCUGUUUGAGGAGGCAGAGAAAAACCUGCAAAAAGGCAGAGGAUUACAGGGAUGGGAGGAGAGGCUAAAAAUCUCUGAUCGUGCACACAUUGUGUUCAACUUUCACCAAGCCGUUGAUGGUAUCCAGGAGCAGCAGCGGCAACAACAAGAAGGGAAAAACCUUGGAACCACAAAGAAAGGUAUUGGUCCUGCAUACUCCUCCAAAGCUGCUCGCAAUGGGCUCCGGGUUUGUGACCUUGUGUCAGACUUCAAGAUUUUUGAGGAGAAGUUUCGGAUGCUGGCAGAACAUUUCCUGACGAUGUAUCCAAACCUGAAUGUUGACAUUGAGGCUGAACUUCAGCAGCUGAAGAAAUAUGCUGAGAGACUGCGCCCCCUUGUGACUGAUGGGGUGUACUUCAUGCACAAAGCUCUAACUGGACCUAGCAAGAAGAUCCUGGUGGAAGGGGCUAAUGCUGCUUUAUUGGACAUUGACUUUGGCACCUAUCCUUUUGUGACCUCCUCAAAUUGCACCGUGGGAGGGGUCUGCACAGGGCUGGGCGUCCCCCCUUCACACGUGGGUCGAGUCUACGGCGUUGUCAAAGCUUACACCACCCGAGUGGGAGUAGGGGCUUUCCCAACUGAGCUCAGUAAUGACAUUGGGGACCUCUUGCAGUCCCGGGGCAGAGAGGUUGGCGUGACGACAGGCAGGAGGAGACGCUGUGGAUGGUUGGACCUCAUUUUGGUCAGAUAUGCUCACAUGGUCAACGGCUUUUCUGCAAUUGCUCUGACCAAGUUGGACAUUUUGGACACGUUACCUGAGAUCAAAGUGGGCGUGGCCUAUAACGUUGAUGGAAAGCCUCUUCCAAGUUUUCCGGCCAAUAUGGAUGUGUUGAACAAAGUGGAGAUAGAGUAUAAGACCCUGCCCGGUUGGUGCUGCAGUACAGAGGCAGCGCGGAGCUUUGAAGAGUUGCCAACACAAGCACAAGAUUACAUUCACUUCAUUGAGGAAUUUCUUCAAGUGCCAGUCAAAUGGGUUGGAGUUGGCAAGUCCAGGGAGAGCAUCAUCAAGCUCUUCUGAUCCAUCUUUGACAUUCCCACGUUUUCCUAUAGGUCACAUUACAAGGGAGAUGUAUAUUUGAAUACUUGAUAGGAAUCCAUACCGAAAAAUAUCUCCAAGGACAUUUCACCAGCAAGGCUUUCUUAUGGCUGUGUUUGCACUGCAAUUGCACCAGUUUCUUAGACUUGAUUUAAAUGCUUCAUUCCAAACAUCUGUAUUUAUUCACCUUUGGGAUUUGUGCAGAGGGAACAAUAGUCCUUUAUUUCAUUCCACGGUAGCAGUUUUAUCUCACUGUAUUCAAGAAAGUAUCUGUAACAUAAAAGUUGUUUUGGCUUUUGUAAGGACAUGAUUUAAAAGUGAGUAGUGUAUUGUAAAAAAGAAUCAGUUCAGAAUUUUUAAGCUCUCAGUUUAGAUGUAUCUCCUGUAUUAUUUCUUAACAUAGUUUUUAACCAGAAAAAUGUCACUAUGUUGUUCGGGGAUAUUUAAAAAAAAUGUGAAAAUGUAAAUGGUGAUAUAUACAUCAUAUUUUUCCAUUUGGAAGAUCAACUUGUUAUCAAUAAAGGUAACAAAGAGA